UAUACACGUCUGUUAACAUUCAGGAAAGAUGAGGAAGUCAUUCAGAAUCAAGUUAUGAAGAAAGAAAAUAACAUAGACGUGUUUCCUACAGAAUGUACACCUGGGGAGCCUCACAGAGCUGUUCAAAACACGACAAACUGCAGGAGCAUGACGGAACGUUUUCAAGCUUUCUUCAUGGCACCGGUAGUGAUUUUUCAUCUGAACAUCUUAUCAUACUUUGCUUUUCUGCUGCUUUUUGCAUACAUUUUAAUGACUGACUUUCAGCCUGUGCCUUCCUGGAGGGAGCAUGUCAUCUACCUCUGG